AUGAAGCUCAACAUUGCCAACCCCACGACGGGGUGCCAGAAGAAGGUCGAAAUCGAUGACGAUCUCAAGCUGCGUGCGUUCUUCGACAAGAGAAUCUCACAGGAGGUCAGCGGCGACUCCCUCGGCGAUGAGUUCAAGGGGUACGUCUUCAAGAUCAAGGGAGGGUGCGACAAGGAUGGUUUCCCCAUGAAGCAAGGCGUCCUCACACCUGGCCGCGUCCAGAUCCUCAUGCACAGGGGCGUGCCCUGCUUCCGCGGCUACGGCCGGCGCAACGGGGAGCGGCGCAGAAAGUCGGUGCGCGGGUGCAUCGUCAGCCAGGACCUGUCCGUGCUGAACCUGGUCAUCGUCAAGCAGGGCGACAACCACCUGCCUGGUCUGACCGAUGCUGAGAAGCCUCGCCUGCGCGGGCCCAAGAGGGCGUCCAAGAUCCGAAAGCUGUUCGCGCUGAGCAAGGAGGACGAUGUGACCAAGUAUGUCAACACGUACCGCCGCAAGUGGACCACCGCCAAGGGCAAGAAGAAGAGCAAGGGCCCCAACAUUCAGCGGCUGGUGACGCCCCUGAAGCUGCAGCGCAAGCGCGCGCGCCUGGCAGAGAAGAAGCAGCGCGUCGCCAAGGCCAAGUCCGCUGCUGCCGACUACCAGAAGCUGCUGGCACUGCGCAUCAAGGAGCAGAGGGAGAGGCGGUCGGAAUCCCUGGCGAAGAAGAGGGCUUCGCGGGCAUCGCAGGCCAAGCCGGCUGCUGCCCCUGCUGCCAAGGACUUCGCCUUCGUCGUGAUGGACUUGUCAUGGCGGAAGCUCUUAAUCUUCUCCGCUGUCGCGCGACUGCUCAUGAUAGCCUUCGGCGAGUGGGAGGACGCGAAUUUAGAGGUCAAAUACACGGAUGUAGACUAUUUGGUGUUCACCGACGCGGCUCGACUGGUUACCCUAGGUCGUUCGCCGUACGAGCGUUACACGUACCGCUAUUCGCCGCUGCUCGCGUGGAUUCUCGUGCCGAACGUCCUGGUUCACCGGCUCUGGGGAAAGCUGCUGUUUUCGGGAGCUGAUCUCCUGGUGGGCCAUCAGAUCCGAUCACUCCUGCUCCUACGUGGCAUCUCCGACCGCGUGGCAGUCCUGUGUGCUGCCACGUGGCUCUUCAACCCCUUCACAGUCACCAUUGCGACACGUGGCAACUGUGACGCCCUUGCUGCUGCUCUCAUCCUGCAAGUGCUACUGGGACUGCUGCAGGGCCAUAUAAUUUCUGCUGCUUUUUGGUUCGGCAUCGUGGUGCAUUUCCGAGUCUACCCGAUAAUCUACGCUCUGCCAUUUGUCCUCUACCUCUUCCACACUUAUCCGCUUCAAAGCAACCUUAAACGUGACGAUCCCAGUGACAGCAGCUGUGUGCCAGCUACGGAGCAACCUACAAACCGCAGUAGUUCCAGGAGCGCCAGCUCACCACCACCCAAUUCUGCCAUCCCUGCUACAGCUGCUGCUACAGCUAGCUCCAAGUCAGGACAAGAAUCAGCUAAAGCUGCUCUUACAGCCAGAUCACUGUCUCGGCUCGUCAAGGGCCUUCGAUUGCCGGUAGAGUUUGGAGUGGUUUCGGGCGGAACUUUCAUCCUCGUUACAGCGCUGUGCUGGAGACUGUAUGGGGAUCAGUUUCUUAACGAGUCGCUGCUUUACCAUGCGUCCCGAUCGGACCAUCGCCACAACUUCUCAACUCACUUCUAUGCAAUUUACCUGAUGACCAAUCAGGGAGCGCCAUCUGUCGCAAACCGGAUUCUCUCCUUUCUGCCACAGCUGCUGCUGCAGCUCACCUUCUCCAUCAAGUUUUUUCAGGACCUUCCCUUCUGCCUCUUCGCACAGACGUUCGCCUUUGUUGCGUUUAAUAAGCGGAUCUACCCCUUCCCGACUUUCCCCUUCACCACUUCUUCCUCCCGCUUCCCCCCUCCCCACCUCUCCCGCCGCCGACCUUCCGCGAUUUCAGGAUGGAAGCGGUGGAGCGAUUGGCGCACGUGGGGCGUCAAGACGCGCUUCUUGGGCGUGCCGGGGCACGGGCUGCGGAAAUGGGUGGACGUCACGAUCCCGUGCGGCGUCUCGAUUCUGCUCGACGUACCCGAUAUAAGCGUGAAGACGCUCACCGUUAAGGGCUGGCUCAAAGUUCUCGACUCGCCGUCGCUCCCGCGGAUCAACGUCAACGCGCAUUUCGUCGUCGUGAUGGGCCGGCUGACUGCCGGCGAGCCGAGCCGCCAUUUCUCGAGCCGCCUCACCUUCACCCUCUUCCCCGGGGACCGCAAGCCGUACAUGCUGAAGAAGCUUCCCCCGGCGGAUGCGGCGAAUCCCCGCGAUUUAGGGCACAAGGCGUUCAUCGUGGUGCGUUGUGGGAUGCGGUGA